AUGAAUCAUGAAGAAAUCAAGGCAGAAGACAAUGUUUCCACAGUAAUUCAAUUUGUUCUGCUGGGCUUCUCUGAUCUUUCUACCCUCCAAGGUUUUCUGUCUGGAGUGUUCUCCAUCAUUUAUAUGAUUAUCCUAAUUGGAAAUUGCCUCAUAAUAAUGAUAACAAAGAUAGAUCCUGUAUUAAAGAAACCUAUGUAUUUUUUCCUGGCAAAUUUUUCUUUUCUGGAAAUCUGUUAUGUAACAGUCACUGUCCCUAGGAUACUGUUCAACAUUUGGACUCAGGAUAGACACAUUUCUAUAUUGGCCUGUGCGGUCCAAAUGUGCUUCUUCCUUAUGUUGGGAACUACUGAGUCUUUCCUUCUAGCUGUGAUGUCCUACGACCGCUAUGUGGCCAUUUGUAAUCCUCUGCAUUAUCCCUUGGUCAUGAACCCAACAAAGUGUACCCAACUGGCAGCAGUGUCUUGGCUCACUGGCAUCCCAAUCCAGGUAGGGCAAACCUGCCAGAUAUUCUCUCUGCACUUCUGCAAUUCUAACCAAAUAAACCACUUCUUCUGUGACAUACCGCCCAUUCUCAAGCUGGGCUGUGGGGAUACAUCAGUGCAUGAACUGUCCGUCUAUGUGGUUGUUAUGAUGGUGGCUGCCGUCCCUUUCAUACUGGUGCUUACUUCUUACAGCAGAAUUAUUGUCACCAUCCUGAGGUUGCCAACCACCAAAGGACGUACUAAAGCCUUCUCCACAUGUUCUUCCCAUCUGCUGGUGGUGGUUUUGUUUUAUGGAUCUGCUACUGUUACAUACUUAAGACCCAAAUCCACUCAUUCUCCAGGUACAGACAAACUCCUCUCUCUGUUCUACACCAUUGUAACCCCCAUGUUCAAUCCCAUGAUAUACAGUCUUAGGAACAAGGAAGUGAUUGCAGCACUGAGAAAAAUGAUUCUUUUAAAAUAG